AAACAUGAUGAAAAGCAAGAGGUUGACAAUAACUGCUGUUAUUGUGCUUCUGCUUAAAAUAUCAGAUUGCUUUGCUGAUCCAGAUGGAAAUUUCUUGAUCUACAAUGCACAUAAGAACAGAUGCCUGACAGACAGCCUGCAAUUUUUAGAGGUGUGUAACCCUCUCAGCACAAAGCAACAGUUUCAAUGGACUUCUGAGGACCGAAUCUUCAAUGUUGCCCAGAAGAAAUGCCUUGGCGUAGGGAGCAAGAAGGAGGGCAAUAAACUGCAGUGGUACAUCUGUAAUGCCAAAAAUGACCUCCAAAAGUGGGAAUGCACGAACAAUUCACAGUUUAGUCUGAAGAAUGAAUCACUGUACUUGUCCCUUCAGGGAGAAUCUUAUAUUCUAACACUGUCCAGAAAGCAGGAAGACAAAAGCCAGUGGACAAUACAUGGAACAACGGACAGCAUUUGCUCUCAACCAUAUCAAGAAUUAUAUACGCUUAAAGGAAAUGGCUAUGGUCGUCCGUGCCAUUUUCCAUUCAGGUACAAAAAUAAAUGGUAUUCAGACUGCACAAGAGACGAUUCCCCUAUCAAACACGAGUGGUGUGCAAUUGAACUGAUAUAUGAAGAUAAGGAGCUCUGGGGUUAUUGCCCGACACGUCAGAUAGAUGAUUUCUGGCGCAAGAACCCUCUCACAGGCGUGUACUACCAGAUAAACAAAGAGUCUGCACUUACUUGGUAUCAAGCCAGAAAAAGCUGUCAGCAGCAAGGGGGAGACCUGUUAAGUAUCACUGAACCCCAUGAGCAAACCCUCAUAUCAGGUUUGACUCAGGGAAAUGGCCCACCGUUGUGGAUGGGGUUAAACAGUUUAGAUGCCUCAAGUGGAUGGCACUGGAUCAAUGGCCAACCUUUACGCUAUUUAACCUGGCUCAGUGGGCAACCAUCUCCUCAACCAGGUCAUAGCUGUGGGGCAGUAAGUCAGCAAUAUGAUUCCAAAUGGUCCACUGAUGUUUGUUCUGUGAGACAUGGAUAUAUCUGCCAACGAGUCCUCUACACUCCCACUAUUCCACCAGUGGUGCACACAGGUUCUUGCCCCAGACCAUGGAUACCUUACACAGGUCACUGCUACUAUCUUAAUCGCGCCAAAAAAACAUGGUCGGAGGCAAAAGAUGCCUGUCGGCGUGAUGGUGGAGACCUGUUGAGCAUUCUCAAUAUAGAAGAACAAAGCUUUGCCAUCUCACAACUUGGAUACUUAAAGACGGACGAGUUGUGGAUUGGCUUAAACGACCUCAAGACUGCGAUGUUUUUCGAGUGGAGUGACCACUCCAGUGUUUCAUUUGUCUCAUGGGAGAAGAAUGAACCAAGCCACAGUGCUGAUGAUAAAGAGGACUGUGUUUUAAUAAGAGGAGAGGAGGGCAAGUGGGCUGAUGAAAACUGUAAAAAUAAGUAUGGAUUCAUCUGUAAGAAAGAUGCCCAAUCAAGUCCAUCCACUAAUGAUACGGUUCUCACAAGUCCUGGCUGCAAGCCUGGUUGGACCAGAUAUGGGUAUUACUGCUACUUCAUAGGAACAGAAACUAAAACCUUCGAAGAGGCCAAACAGAUGUGUGUGAAAACAGAAUCUUAUUUGGUUGACAUCACAAGCAGAGUUGAAAAUGCUUUCCUGGUCAGCUUGGUAGGGAUACGACCAGAGAAGCACUUCUGGAUUGGGCUCUCUAAUAACAAGGAUCGGCACACUUUUGAAUGGACUAACAGCAGAAAGGUUCCGUACACUCACUUUAAUGCUGGAAUGCCAGGGGGGAAACAAGGCUGUGUCGGCAUUACCACAGGGACACUUGCUGGAUUAUGGGACGUGCUAAGUUGUAUUAAUAAGGAAAAAUAUAUCUGUAAACGGAUGGCUGAGGAUGUCAUCACUACUCCAGCCCCCAUAACUACCCCUGCUCCCAAUUGCAGCAACGAAUGGUUUCCACUUAUGAACAGAGACUUCUGUACAAAGCUAUUUCACGUGGAACAGGGACAAAUGAAGACUUGGUCUGAAGCGCUCGACUUCUGCCGGGAACUUGGGGGCGAUCUGCUGAGUAUCCACACUGCUUUCGAUUUGCAACUGACUGGCAAUAUCUACACCCGUGGAGCAUGGAUUGGUUACAGUAUCCAGGAUCCCUCUGUUGGUUAUGUGUGGAGCGAUGGAUCCUCUACGUCUUAUGAAAACUGGCAAGAUGAUGAACCGAACAAUUACAACAAUGUGGAAAACUGUGCUGAAAUGACUUUUUGGUGGUGGAGAAAAACAGGAGAAUGGAAUGACUUGCACUGUGAAGACAAAAGGGAAUGGUUUUGUGAGAUUCGAAGAGGAGUUACACCAAAUGAAGUGGAAAUUACAACUGAAACAUAUAAUAAAACAGACGAUGGCUGGACUAUAUUCAAUGAUAAUCAGUAUUAUAUCAGUGAAUACAUGUAUGUCUCUAUGGAAGAAGCAAGGUGGUUCUGUAAGCAAAGGCAUGGUGAUCUUGUGGUCAUUAAUGAUGAGAAAGAAAGACUAUUUCUGUGGCAUCAGAAACAAAUACAUAGUGAUUAUUAUAUUGGCAUGAUAGUUGAUCUGGAUAAGUCUUUCAAGUGGAUGGAUGGGUCUCCAGUUGUAUUCGAGGCAUGGCAAACAAAACAGCCUGCUCUUCUGAACAGUGAAGAGUAUUGUGUAAAGAUGACUUAUACUCAAGGGCUUUGGGAGAGUAUAAACUGUGGUGAACAACAUAAUUUUAUCUGUAAACGAAGUGGCUCUGUCGAAGUCAAUUCCACUGCUGCCCCCACUGAGCCCCCAAGGGGAGGCUGUGCUCCUGACUGGGUGAAGUUUCAGAGAAAGUGUUACAAAAAAGAACUGGACCUGAAAACAUGGACUGAAGCCAGAUCAUACUGUAAACAUCUUGGAGGAAAUCUAGCCUCUAUUACUAGUGGACUCCAGCAAGCCUUUUUAACCUUAAUGAUGGAUGGUGAUAACCCAGAAGAUUUAUGGAUUGGCUUCAGUAACUUGGCAAAAAAAGGAUUUAAAUGGACAGAUGGGAGUGUCGUCAGUUAUACAGGCUGGGCCAAAGGACAACCAUCAAGAACAGAAUAUAUGUGGAUGUGGGAAAAUGAGGAACCAACUUGUAUUGCAAUGGGAAGCAUGCAACGACUUGAGCUGGGCAAGUGGGUAACAAAAAGCUGUAAUGAUACCAUUGGAUUUAUUUGCAGUCGUGCUAUUGAUCAUUUUAUUGACCCAAGCCCGACAAAGACACCCACAAAUUUAAUCAAGGUUGGAAAUGAUUCUUACAUGAUCUUGCCAAAAAACCUGACAUGGUAUGACGCAAGGCGUCAGUGUGAGUUGGAGGGUGCUCAUCUUGCUAGUAUUCGAGACUUGCUUACUCAGUCUUACAUUGAGCUGCAGACCUCAAAACUUGGACAGCCCCUAUGGAUUGGCCUUAACAGCAAAGAGACAAAUGGAUACUUUUUGUGGAUUGAUAACUGGCAGCUGAAUAUGGAGAAUUGGGCCUACAGUGAACCAAAGAGGGACCACCCUUGUGUUUACGUGGAUGUGGAUGGAAAAUGGAAAACUGCCUAUUGCAAUCAAACUACCUACAGCAUGUGUAAGAAAUCAACAGACAUUGCUCCAACUCCACCAGUGCAGUACCCUGGUGUGUGCCCUGACAUAACUGAAACUGAACCAAAGAUGACAUGGCUGCCUUAUAGAGGGCACUGCUAUGCAUUUGUGACUGAAAGCGUAUCAUGGAGCAAAGCCUCUCAGCUCUGUUUGACAAGAGGUGCCAGUCUUGUCAGCAUUGAAGACACAGAUGAGGCCAAGUUUAUAGAGAAUUACAUCAGUUUUCUUGGGAAUGAAAAUGGCAGGUUCUCGAUAGGCCUUUUUAAGACAUAUGAAGAGCACUGGCUGUGGCUAGACAGAAGUGUCGUGGAUUACACUAAUUGGGAAGAAUCUACAGAGUAUAAUGACUAUAGCUAUGACUGUGCAUUUAUCUCCACCACAACUAAACAAUGGGGAAAACAACACUGCUUAUAUUCUCAUGCACCGUUCAUCUGCAAGACAGCCAAGGUUGCAAAACCAACCACUACUCCAGGAAUUAGUCCUACAGAAGAGGCUGCAGCACAUAGGAACCUUUCUGGUGUGGCUGUGGCUGUGGUAAUUGCAGUGCUGUUUGUGUUGGCUGGAUUGGCUUACAUCUACCACAGAAGGACCAGCAGACAGGUUGCCACACCUGCAUAUGAGAACCCCAUGUAUUACACUACAGAAUCCCCCUUGUCAGAGGACAAAGAUACCAAAUCAUUAGUUGACCACAUGGAAAAUAAUGAAUAAGUUUCAUGAAUGUGCUUUUUUUAAUGAGUUCUUUCUUAUAUUAAUCAAUUUAUUCUUUACAUUAAACAUCAACUAAUGUGAAUAUUGACCAAAUGCUUCCACAUUUGGGGUGUUAGCUAAGUGGUUUUGAAAUUAUAUCAGUGCUUUAGGGCACAAUUGUUUAUCAGAAACUGGAUGCUGGUGUUUCACUUAACAACUAGAAUUGCAUUGCUGCUCAAAUACUUGUUUGUCUUAAGUUAAAUAAAAGAAUAUCAAAG